GAUUGCCCACAAGAGCGCACUCACCGCAUCCAAGUUAGGAAACGCAAGCCCACCCACUGGAUCCAAUUUCGGCUACUGGACGCUUACUGGUGAUAUUACUGCUUUCACUAUACUUUAUCAGGCGUGAAUUAAAGUCUAGCCUAACCUUACACCUGGGUAAUAUUUUUUGGGAGACACAGUAACCUUUUGAUGGAGUUUAUGGAAGAUGCAAUCGUUUGUUCUCCUAGCUUCUCUAUGUGGAUGCGUCCUCUGCUCAGGCUGGCCUUUUCAGAUGCAGUGUUACCACUGUGAAGAGACUCUGUUGGACAAUGACUGUUCAGCUCCAAAGUUCAUUGUCAACUGCACAGCAAACAUCCAGAAUGCCUGUCAGAAGGAGGUGAUUGUGGGUGAAAAUGGUGUGUCCUACAGGAAGACCUGUGCCUCUUUCUCCACCUGUCUGAUCGUAUCAGCAGGGUAUCAGUCCUUCUGCGUCCCGGGUCGGGUGGGCUCUGUCUGCAUCAGCUGCUGUAACACCCCCCUCUGCAACGGACCCCGCCCCCCCAGGAUUUCCCUGGCCCCCACCCAUCCUCCCACUAGACCCACUACUCUCCUCAUCAUCACUGUUGCCAUGGGAACACUUCCCUGAUGUGGACACUAGUAUUGGCUGGAUUGGAUAGAAGGUUCUCAGAUGUGGAGAUGCCUUGCGUUGGAGCCAACCGACACUGCCCUGAGAGAUGACUGGAAAAACUAGGUCUACUGUGGACAGAGAUUCUACAAUCUACCAACAGGGCUGACUGACACAUAUGGCUCCAUUGACCAAAAAGAGUGACAAACAUAAGUGAAAUUGGUCUACAAAGAUAACAUGUAUAAUUGUUUUAAGGUGCUCAAACCAUGGAUCAUUAAGCAAUUUGAUUUUGAAUUUUAGAACCACUAUGUAUCAAAAAAUAUAUUCAAAAAAGAAAAUAUUGAAUUUGGCCUUUACUACUAUAGCCCAUAGAAACACAUUGAAUAACACAUUCAUACAUGGCAAAAAAAGACAUAAGGAAUAUGGUUUAAGUGUCUGUCCUAAUAUCUCGGAGAUAAGCUUAGGAUUUUUUUUUUUUUUUUUACAUAUUUAACAGCUUUUUUGUUGCCACAAAACUACCUCCAUUCAUUUG